GUACAAUCUAAAGUGGACUGCAUUUUGCAAGAAGUUGAGAAGUUUACAGACCUAGAGAAACUCUACCUCUACCUUCAGCUGCCUUCGGGUCCCAACAAUGGAGACAAAAGUGAUCAGAUCUCCAUGUCGUCCAGCCGUGCCCAGCAGAUGCACGCCUUCUCGUGGAUACGGAACACCUUGGAAGAGCACCCUGAGACAUCCCUUCCCAAACAGGAGGUUUAUGAUGAAUACAAGAGCUAUUGUGACAAUCUUGGCUACCACCCAUUAAGUGCUGCUGACUUUGGAAAGAUCAUGAAAAAUGUCUUUCCGAAUAUGAAGGCCCGUCGUCUAGGCACAAGAGGCAAAUCGAAAUAUUGCUACAGUGGACUGAGGAAGAAGGCUUUUGUGCAUAUGCCAACACUGCCCAACCUCGACUUUCAUAAAACUGGAGAUGGGCUGGAUGGGGCAGAGCCAUCUGGGCAGCUGCAAAGUGCUGAUGAGGAAGUCGUCUCUGCGGCCUGCCGGCUUGUUUGUGAAUGGGCCCAGAAAGUGCUGAGCCAGCCUUUUGAUACAGUCCUGGAAUUGGCUCGUUUCCUUGUAAAAAGUCACUAUAUCGGUACCAAGUCGAUGGCAGCUUUAACAGUAAUGGCAGGGGCACCAGCAGGAAUAAAAGGGAUCCCCCAGCCCUCAGCUUUUAUACCUACUGCUGAAAGUAAUUCCUUUCAACCGCAAGUAAAAACUCUGCCAUCUCCUGUUGAUGCCAAGCAGCAGCUGCAGCGUAAGAUCCAGAAGAAGCAGCAAGAACAAAAACUGCAGUCUCCUUUGCCAGGAGAGUCUCCAGCAAAGAAAACGGAAGGCACCGCAACCAAUGGUGUGACCAGUAUAUCUAAUGGAAGUCCUGCAAUUCUGUCUCCUCCACCGAUUGGUAUUGUUGUGGCAGCUGUCCCCAGCCCGAUACCGGUGUCAAGGACCAGGCAGUUGGUGACAUCUCCAAGUCCUAUGGGAUCGUCUGAUAGCAAGGUCCUGCCACUCAACGUUCAGGUGGUCACUCAGCACAUGCAAUCUGUCAAGCAGUCACCAAAGACUCCCCAGAACGUUCCCGCCAGCCCAGUUGGUGACCGCUCUGCCCGGCAUCGCUACCCGCAGAUCUUACCGAAGCCAGCAAAUACCAGUGCUCUCACCAUCCGCUCUCCCACGACGGUGCUCUUUACCAGUAGCCCAAUCAAGACUGUUGUGCCAGCUCCACAUGUGAAUUCCUUAAAUGUGGUAAAAAUGACAGCAAUAUCUCUCGCCCCAAGCAGCAGUAGUGUGCCCGUCAAACAGACGUCUUCGGUUAGCAGUAGUGCAGGAGCAGUGGAAGAAGGGAGGACUGGUCCACAGAUCAAAAAUGGAUCUGUUGUUUCACUUCAGUCUCCAGGAUCCAAGCCUAGCACUGUUGUAGCUGCGCCUGCAGUCAAGAUCAAAAUGGAACCAGAAGCAUUGCUGGAUGAGAACUCAGUACAGGGCCAAGAGAGCUCUGAUGUGUCUAAAUCCAUAAAGGCAACCCCUGACCUGCCUCCUGUUCAAUUAAUUAACUUUGAGGUUGCAACCUUGAAGGUUUCAGCUGAUGAUGUCAUAGAGGCAAAACCAGUUAAGGGCUGUGAUCAGGGAGCUGAAGAAGCGGGGACCAAAUAUAAAAUACAGUCUAAUGAGAUCACACCAGUUUCUUCAGCAGGCAAUAAUCAAAGCACUCUAAAGCUCUCAGUUGCCGGUCAAAACUUGUCCAGCACCAGCAUCGGUUCACCUCCUACCGGUGAGUCUACAAUUAAAGACAAAACGUGCACUAAAAGUCCAAGAAAGCGACAGCCUUCUACACUUCAGGAUUCCCAGGUGCCACCUGUAAAGAAACCACUGGUGGAGCAGCUUUCAGCUGGUAAUGCUGUGGAGGGUCAGAAAGCAAACGGUGUUAAGAAGUCUCCGAAGGUUGGAUUGUUAGCUAACAGUGACAACACAGCAACACUUGCUCAAGUUCCCAGCAAGGUACCUGUGAAGGUACCCAUACCUUCUGCAGCUGCAGCAGACUUAGCAACAGACCUUUCUUUGACCACGAACUUAAAUACCAGUGACUCUGCUUUAGGACAGCAGCUUGCAUCAGCAUCAUCUCCAGAUAUAAAAGUGAAAUUGGAAGGAAACAUGUUUAUCAUAGAAAAUGAUUCAAAAUCUGAUGGCAGCUUUAACUCAAAUACGUGGCAUCAUAUCACCAAAACCUCUGACUUUGCAUCUGUGAAUUGUGAACAGCAGCAAGAUAUCAGUGUUAUGACUAUUGCAGGGCACUCCGGCUCGAGUGACUUACAGGAAUCGGCGUGGGAGCCAGUGCACUGCGAAGGUAUACAGCAGGACGCGUACAACCAGCAGUUACAGAGCCAGAUCCAGGACUCCUCCUUGGGUCAAAUACAAGCACAGUCUUCAAAUCAGUUACCUCUGCAGUCUGAGCUGAAAGAGUUUGAACAUACAGUCCCUCAGUCAAGCGAAAACUUCUUUUCAUUUGAUGAUGACCUUACCCAGGACAGCAUUGUGGAGGAGCUGGUGCUCAUGGAGGAGCAAAUGUCCAUGAAUAAUUCUCAUCCUUAUGGUGGUUGUCUAGGAAUGGCACUUCAGAGUCAGACUGCAGCUCAAGGAGCUCCUGUGUCAUCUCAUCCAAGCAGCGCGCACUUUUACCAUUCGAUCCAUAACAACAGCACUCCGAUUCACACUCCUACCCCCACCCCUACCCCGACUCCCACCCCUACCCCGACUCCAACACCCACCUCUGAAAUGAUCGCUGGAUCUCAGAACAUGUCCCGAGAGAGCCCUUGUUCGAGGCUGGCUCAGACGACUCCCGUAGACAGUGCUCUAGGAAGCAGCCGGCAUACGCCCAUUGGCACACCGCAUUCAAACUGCAGCAGCAGUGUCCCUCCGAGUCCUGUGGAAUGCCGAAACCCAUUUGCUUUUACUCCCAUCAGCUCCAGUAUGGCUUACCACGAUGCCAGCAUCAUAUCGAGUAGCCCCGUGAAGCCAAUGCAGCGGCCGAUGGCUACCCAUCCUGACAAAACCAAGCUUGAGUGGAUGAAUAACGGCUACAGUGGUGUUAGCAAUUCAUCAGUUGCAAACCACGGGAUCCUUACGAGCUAUCAGGAGCUGGUGGAAGACCGUUUCAGGAAACCUCACGCUUUUGCUGUUCCUGGCCAGUCGUACCAAUCUCAGCCACGCCACCAUGAUACUCACUUCGGUCGGGUGACUCCUGUUUCACCUGUGCAGCACCAGGCAGCCCCCGUCAGUAGCACCGCCAAGCAAGAGGGCUUUGCUGUUCCUGCUCCUUUGGACAACAAAGGAACCGGUUCCUCUCUUAACAACAGUCUGAGAAGCCGGAGCGUGAGCCCUGCUGUCCAUCGCCAGCGUAAUCUCAGUGGAAGCACUGUUUACCCUGUUUCAAAUAUACCACGCUCUAACCUGACACCUUUUGGAAGUCCAGUGACUCCUGAAGUUCACAGCGUAUUUGCUAAUAUCCACGCAGACACCAGUGCCAAUAACAUAGCGCAAAGAAGCCAGUCAGUCCCGUUGACUGUGAUGAUGCAGACGGCCUUCCCGUCUCUUCAGAAACAAACAAACACUAAAAAAAUAACCAAUGUGUUGUUAAACAAACUCGAUUCUGAUAGCGAUGAUGCAGUGAGAGGUUUGGGAAUGAACAACAUGCCCUCAAAUUACACAGCCAGGAUGAAUCUCACUCAGAUUUUAGAGACAUCCGCCGCUUUCCCUAGUGCCAACACACAAAAUAUGAUCAAUUCCAGCACUUCAGUUUAUGAAUUCCAAACACCAAAUUACCUCACAAAAAACAGCAGCACCGAUCAGAUCAGUUUUUCUUCUGGAGAUAACCAAGCACAAUCAGACAUCGGAGAGCAGCAAUUAGAUUUUAGCAGCACUGUAAAAGACCUUUUAGGGGAGGACAGUCUGCCAACAAACCAGCAGCUGGUGAAUCAGGUGGCAUCAGAUUUCAAUAACGUUGCAUCUGUCUUUUCCAGCGACAUCAGGUUGUCUUCCGAGCUCUCAGGCAGCAUUAACGAUCUGAACACUUUAGACACAAAUCUACUGUUUGAUCCAGGUCGUCAGCAGGGACAAGACGAUGAUGCUACACUGGAGGAAUUAAAAAAUGACCCCUUGUUUCAACAAAUCUGCAAUGAAUCCAUUAACUCAAUGACUACAUCAGGUUUUGAGUGGAUGGAGAGUAAGGAUCAUCCUGCUGUUGAAAUGUUGGGUUAAUCUUGUUUUAUAAUAUGUAUGUAGCACACUGUAUCUAAAAGACAGACGUAUUGUAUUUGUCUUAAUGGAAGUGCCUCCCGCAGCAGAAACACUUACUAUGUAUUGUGGCAUUUUUAAAAAAGUUUGCUGUACCGUUGCUCAUUCUUCAGCAGGGAAAAGGCAGUCUUACCAAUUUUAAACAAAUCUCUGAAGGUGAUGGGCUAUCAAAGAGCCAGUAUUAAAAUCUGGAUUUUAUAGUGUUUCCCAUUCAACAUUUCUUAUUGUAGCAAAUAAAGGAGUGGUUAAUAGCCAGCCAACAGUGACAGCUAUGGUUGAGGGUCAUUAGUAGGCUUUCUGUACUUUGUAUUGCUUGUUACUUCUUAGUGGGUGAUCCUUACUGACCUUUGUCGUUCAGGUCUGAAGCGCAGGGUGCCUGCAGAUGG